ACUGCCACCUCGUUUAUUCUUCUUCUGCUAUUUGUUCCCUCUCUCCAGAGAUCCCGUCUUUGGAGCCGAGAGUAAACUGAUUGCAGAUUGAUGAAAUAUGGGCCUGAUUGAGACGUCAUGCGGAGUAGCUGUCUAAUCUGAGCUGACAAGAAAUCACACAAUCCACAGCAUAUAGCUCUCAGCACUCCCACAGUUGCUGCUGUGAGAAACGGUCACUCAAAGCAGGAGUCCAGGGAAGGAAUACAGAGCCUGGAAGCUACCCUACUACAAAAUCAAAAGCAUCUUAACUUCAGUGGAGAGAUUUGACGUCGCUGCAUUCUCAUGACUACUGACAAAGGUGAAGCUGAUUGUAAGGACUGAAAUGACUUGAUUCACAUACAGCACAUGGAAGCAGCUGUUACACAGUUACGGAAGAUUUUUGAGAGGUAAUAUCUUUCUCACAAUGACAGUUGGGGCACAAACGUAUUUUGCAUAACAUUCAUCUCCAGUCCUAAUUGACAGAUUUAAUGGUUGGAAAUGAUUGGGAAUAUCUGUAAUAUCACAACUGAGCAUACUGCUAAGGACCCACAGUGCCUGUAAUCAUUCCCAAACCAUGUAUUAUCACAAUAGUUUUAUGAUCGGCCUGAGGAUAUCAACCCACUUUCAAGUACAGCAAUAUUUCUCAUUCAACAACAAUCCAACUGCACUCAAACAGUAGCAAUACUGCUGGAAGAAAACUCCAUAUCUGAAGACAUGAAAAUUAACUGGAACUCCACAGGUGAGGAGGGUCUACAGGUGAACAGCAGUGAUACUGGGCUGGUGAAUGUGGAGCAGGUUCUGGUUCCAGUGCUAGAUGUGUUGAUUCUGGUGCUGGGGGUGGGAGGGCACACCCUGGUGAUGUUGAUCUUAUGUGGAAGACGGAGGACAAGGGGAGGAAGUAUAGGACCAUCUCCCCAAGGCUCCAUGACAGGUACAGGGACAGACAUCCUCUUACUGGCCCUGAGUGCUGCAGACCUACUUUUACUUUCCACACUUCCCUUCCACACAGUUGCCAUAGCCAUGCAGCACUGGCCGUUCGGGGACUUCCUUUGCCGGGUGGUGGGUUUUCUAGGAUCGGCCUGUUCAUCUGCCAGCGCCUUCACUCUGGCCGCCUUAGCCGUGUUUCGCUAUCUGAUUGUGGUGAAGCCUGCCAGGGCCUACCGCCUGCUCUCUCCUCGCAGAGUGACUAUAACUGCUGCCCUGCUCUGGGUCCCAGCCUGCUGCCUGGCUGCUCCCCAGCUGGCUUUUCGUUUUGUGGGAACCCCACACCGGGCACCUGAUGGCCUGACCUGCUUUGCCUUCCUGUCCCAUGGAGACCAGUUGGCCUAUGGCUUGUGCCACUUCCUUCUGGCCUUCCUGCUUCCACUGGCUGCCAUUGCUGUUGCGUACGGCGGCAUCUACAUGUUCCUGUGGCAGAGUCAGCAUGCCAGCAGGGCGCCGCAAGUAGAGCGCUACCAGAGUAAGGUGACCCAGACAUCAGCCAUGUUGGUGAUGGCCUUCACCCUGUGCUGGCUGCCAUCCUAUAGCCUUACACUGGCCUUGUUGGCGGGUCGCAGCUCUGGGGCCACUGGCACCUCACCACGUAAUGGCCCCUUCAGCAUAGUCGCCCGCCUCAUGGCCACCUCCUCUACAGUGGCCAACCCCAUCCUGUAUGUGUUCAUGUCCCACAAGUUCAGACAGGAUCUACUGCGGCUAUUCAGGAGGGAGGAACAAGAGGCCAGCAGGGCUGUCGCUGGCUAGUGGACAGUGUUAUUUUUUUCAUCUGCUACCCUGAUGUCCCUGAAAUCUCUGCAAGAUACCAAAGAUCAAAUAUUGUAUACUGGACAAGGAUGUGACUACAACAAAACAGAACUAGCUGGUAUAUUUUGCUGAAAGACUCUUAUGAAAGAUAAGUAGAGUAGUCUGUUUCCAUAAUGGCAACUUAAAAUGGACAUGACAGUAUGAUAUCAUUUAUUGUCCUGGACAAUAUUCAACGCAUUCUCCUGUUCAUUCAUACAUAGUUAGACGUGUGUUACAAAAGUAUCAAAAUAUUUGCCCUGUGAGAGGCUGCUCUGGGCUACCCACCAUCCUGAU